UUUUGUGGUCAACUGUAAAUGUCAAGCGGUGAAAAAUGAAAAUCGUCAAUCGUCUUUUGUGUUUUAAGUUUUAAUUAUUUGUGAAAUUUUUACAACUAAAUAAACGAAAAUCAAGAUGUUUCGCUCAUCGACAUUUGAAAAAACUCUUGAAAAUGCUACAAGCCAUCUACGCCUCGAACCAGAUUGGCCGUCAAUUCUUUUAAUUUGUGAUACAAUUCGACAAAAUGAUGUUACACCUAAACAGGCGUUCCUCGCAAUUAAGAAGAAAAUGUCUUCACCUAAUCCUCAUUCAGCUUGUUAUGCUCUUUUGGUGUUGGAGAGUGUCGUAAAGAAUUGCGGCCAGCCAAUUCAUGAAGAAGUAUUUACAAAGGAGAAUUGUGAAAUGUUUAGCACUUUUCUGGAACAAACUCCUCAUGAAAAUGUUCGCCAGAAAAUGCUCGAGCUAGUGCAAACUUGGGCAUAUGCAUUCCGGACAUCUGAGAAAUAUCAAUCAAUUAAGGACACUAUGACAAUUCUAAAAGCUAAAGGACACACAUUCCCCGAGCUAAAGGAAGCCGAUGCAAUGUUUACUGCUGAUACAGCACCAGAUUGGGCCGAUGGCAAAGUCUGUCAUCGUUGUCGUGUUGAAUUUUCAUUCACUCAACGAAAACAUCAUUGCAGAAAUUGUGGACAGAUAUUUUGUAGUCAAUGUUCAACAAAACAAUGUCCUUUGCCAAAAUAUGGUAUCGAAAAAGAUGUACGUGUCUGUGAUGGUUGUUAUACAAGUUUGCAGAAGCCCUCCAGUGGAAAACCUCGACCAGCUGAGAAUGACCUACCAGCUGAGUAUCUGAAUAGUUCUCUGGCACAGCAGGUGCAGGUGACACCACCAAGAAAAAGCGAACAAGAAUUAAAAGAGGAAGAAGAAUUACAAUUAGCCCUGGCACUUAGUCAAUCGGAGGCCGAACUAAAGAAAAAACAGCCAGCAGUAACAACUUAUCGAAUGUUGCAACGCUCACCAAGUCCAGAAGCACCACCACCAACUCCAGGUGUUGUCGAAGACCCCGAUUUGGCCAAGUAUCUGAAUCGUAGCUAUUGGGAACAAAGGAAAGUUAAUGAAUCACCAGCAAGUCCAUCGGCACCGAGUCCAAUGCCUCAAGUGAUGACAACUGCUCCCGUAAUAAGUAACAAGAUGUUGCCUGAUGAAAUUCAAAUUGACGAAUUCGCCAAUAACAUGCGUAGUCAAGUUGAAAUAUUCGUGAAUCGUAUGAAAUCGAAUUCAAGUCGUGGUCGUAGUAUUUCCAAUGAUAGUUCAGUUCAAACGCUAUUCAUGACUUUGACUUCUUUGCAUUCGAAUCAAUUGUCUUACAUUAAAGAAAUGGACGACAAACGUAUGUGGUAUGAACAGCUUCAAGAUAAAUUAGCCCAGAUCAAGGAUUCGCGUGCUGCUCUUGAUGUUCUCCGACAGGAGCAUAUUGAAAAACUUCGUCGUAUUGCCGAGGAGCAAGAACGUCAACGUCAAAUUCAAAUGGCACAGAAGUUGGAAAUUAUGCGAAAGAAGAAACAAGAGUAUUUGCAAUAUCAAAGGCAGUUGGCUUUGCAACGGAUUCAAGAGCAAGAACGUGAAAUGCAAAUGCGUCAGGAACAACAGAAGGCUCAAUAUCGAAUGGGUCAGACUGCAUUUCCUUUUAUGCCAAACCCAAAUCCCCAUGCUUCGCCUAAUCACCAAAUGAACAACAUUUACAAUCCAUAUGGGUUUAAUCCGAAUUCGCCUGGUCAAGUUCCACCAGCUUACAAUCCACAAGGACAGGUUGGACCCCAGCCUGGGCAAGUUAUUCCUCCUCAAGGUGUUCCACAACCCAACAUGAACGCCGCGCCUAUGCCUGGAAUGUAUACCCCGGGGAUGCCAGGUGUGCCUCUACCAAAUCAUCCUGGCAUGAUGGUUCCGGGAAUGCCACACAGCCCAAUGGUGGGUGGAAAUGCAGUUGGCCAACAUAUGAGUCCACUUCCAAAUCCUGCUGAUGGAAUGACUAAUAUGAAUGCUCCCAAUACACCCCAACAACUUCCCCAUUCUCAAAUGAACCCGCCAAUGACUCACGUAAUGCUCCAGCAACAAAAUGUUGUUCAAAAUCAGUCUCCAAUUUCUACCGGUAUGAUUCAAACCACUCAAGCUCCCCCUUCUAUGGUUCAUCCAAUGCAACAAGCUCCAGGCACUGCACCACCAAUAGUUGGACCUGUUUCAAUGCCAAACAUGAAUCAACAACAACCACCCGUUCAAACGACAACGGCUCACCCAGUUCAACAAAAUGUGGUGGGUCCGGCUCCAAUUGAAAAUUCAGCUGUUGCUGAGCCUCCAGCAGCUGUGCAACAACAGAAAGUCGAAGAACCACCCAAAGAAGAAGUUACCACAGCUGAAUUGAUAAGCUUCGAUUAAAUAUGCACUUUUAGUUUGUAACAAAGUUAUUAUUUCAGAUUUUAUAUAUAAAUUUUAUUCGGGUUAGUAAACAAAAGUUUAAAAUAAAAAAAGAACUAUAUUUCAUUCCGUAAGCAAAAACGAAACAAACUGAGAUGCGAUAUUAAUUAAUAAUCGAAUAAAUUAAACAUACUAUUAAAAUUACUUUUAUUGAAAUUCUCGAUGAAAAUAAAUGUUUAUUCAACGUGAA